CUUCUUCAAUUCUGUACGUGUUGAUCGAUUUAGCAACAGCUGGUACAGUACUGGAAAUGGCAUCGUCGUCGUCAUCUUCGUCGGCGCCGGAGCCGGAGCAUGAGCAUGAGCUGGCGCCACGUGUGGAUUGGGCUUCGAGGGUAUUUGUUCACAUACACGGAGUCAUGCGUUCGAUCAUUCUCCGUCAACCUUGUGGCUACUCCGCCGAGGUUCUGUUAUAUGGAGGCCAAGUAGUAUCGUGGGUUAAUGAACGCGGAGAUCAGUUGCUUUUUCUCAGUGAGAAGGAAUUCGAAGCUAAUAAACCGAUUUGUGGAGGCAUCCCGAUUUGCUUCCCCAAGUUUUCCAACGAUGGAAACAUAGAGCAACAUGGAUUUGCCUGUACCCGAUUCUGGACUAUCGACGCUUCCAUAGAUUCAGUCAACGAAUUCGAUAAGGCAUCUGUCGAUUUGAUUCUUACUCCAACCGAAGACGACUUGCUAGUAUGGCCUCACAGAUUCGAGUUCCGUUUAGAGGUUAAACUGGAACCCAACGGCGAACUAAAGAUGAAAUCUCGUAUAAGAAAUGUCAACGACAAUGGGAUGCCCUUCAAAUUCCCAUUUUCCUAUCACAACUACUUCUCCGUCUCCGAUGUCAGUGACGUUCGGAUUGAAGGAUUGGAGGUACUUGACUACGUGGACUAUAUGAAGAACAACGAGCGAUUUAAUCAAGGCUCUGAUGUAGUCACUUUCGAAUCUCAAGUGAACAGGGCAUAUUUCAACACUAUUGGUAUGAUUGCUGUUAUGGACCAUUUAGCACUGCGAACUUAUACCAUCCGUAAAAGUCGAGGCCUUCCCGAUAUUGUUGUGUGGAAUCCAUGGGAGAAGGAACUGAGUCAAUGGGACUGGAAAAUGGAAGAUUUGGCAAAGGGAAAUUACAGAAAGUUUGUGUGUGUCGAAGCAGCUAACGUCGAGAACGAAAUUACGUUAAAGCCCUUCGAGGAGUGGAUCGGGAUUCAGCAUCUUUCUGCUCAUCCUGGGAGUUAUGAUGAUCAUCUCCCAAACCCUGGGAGUAUUCUUUAGGGGCAAUCCGGGAAUUACCUUGUUUUUUUUUUCUUUUUGAUUAACAUUCUUGAAUUGAUGAAUAAGACCUAAUGCAGCUUUCUAUUGAACAUUGAAAUGUUGAUGAAUGUGUGAUAUUUUACUCUUUGUUUCUGGAUUUUGAAUGUGUUUUGUGGUGGAUAUAUCUUGAUUUUAGCACUUAUACUAAAUCUCUGCUUUUAUUAAGAUCAAUUUUAGUUCCAACUUUUAAUCGAGCAUUAGGGGUAGAAAUUUGACCGAUGGAAAGUACUACUUUAGAAAUUCCAACUCUUUCGUAAGUGAAAACGAAAAUUCCAACUCCGAUUCCGCUAAAGAAUAUUUAGAAUUGGAAUUGAUUUUCAAUUUCGAGACGCACAUGUAGAGAGA